AGCAGCGCGCCGCGUCCCCGCCGCCUCCGCCGCCCUGCAGGCCGCCGGCGCUCGCAGUUCCGGCUCCGCUCGCCGCGAGUCUGUGUGCCCGCGGCCCGCGGCCCGGUUUCUGGCCGAUGACGCUCAAGGCGAGCGAGGGCGAGGCAGGAGGCAGCAUGCGCACGGCGCUCUCCGACCUCUACCUGGAGCACUUGCUGCAGAAGCGCAUCCGGCCCGAGGCAGUGUCGCACCAGUUGAAUGCCAUGACUGAGGACAUGUACACCAAUGGGUCUGCCACCCCGGGUAGCCCUGUCCAUGCCAAGGGGCAGGAGGUGCGGAAGGUGCGACUCAUACAGUUCGAGAAGGUCACAGAGGAGCCCAUGGGAAUCACUCUGAAGCUGAAUGAAAAUCAGUCAUGUACGGUGGCAAGAAUUCUUCAUGGUGGCAUGAUUCAUAGACAAGGCUCCCUUCACGUCGGGGAUGAGAUCCUAGAAAUCAAUGGCACAAAUGUGACCAAUCACUCGGUAGAUCAGCUGCAGAAGGCGAUGAAAGAAACCAAAGGAAUGAUCUCGUUAAAAGUAAUCCCCAACCAGCAAAAUCGUCUUCCUGCAUUGCAGAUGUUCAUGAGAGCUCAGUUUGACUAUGAUCCCAAAAAGGACAACCUGAUCCCUUGCAAGGAGGCGGGACUGAAGUUUAUUACUGGAGACAUUAUCAAAAUCAUCAACAAGGAUGACAGUAACUGGUGGCAGGGGCGGGUGGAAGGCUCCUCCAAGGAGUCAGCAGGAUUGAUCCCUUCUCCUGAGCUGCAGGAGUGGCGUGUGGCAAGUGCGGCUCAGUCUGCUCCCAGGGAAGCCCCGAGCUGCAGUCCCUUCGGGAAGAAGAAGAAGUGUAAAGACAAGUACCUGGCCAAGCAUAGCUCGAUUUUUGACCAGUUGGACGUUGUUUCCUACGAGGAAGUGGUUCGGCUCCCUGCGUUCAAGAGGAAGACCCUGGUGCUGAUCGGAGCCAGUGGGGUGGGUCGCAGCCACAUUAAGAAUGCCCUGCUCAGCCAGAGCCCGGAGAAGUUUGCAUACCCUGCCCCGUAUACAACACGGCCACCUAGGAAGAGUGAGGAAGACGGGAAGGAGUACCACUUCAUCUCCACAGAGGAGAUGACAAGGAGCAUCUCUGCCAACGAGUUCUUGGAGUUUGGCAGCUACCAAGGCAACAUGUUUGGCACCAAAUUUGAAACAGUGCACCAGAUUCAUAAUCAGGACAAGAUUGCCAUCCUUGACAUUGAGCCCCAGACCCUGAAGAUUGUUCGGACAGCAGAACUUUCACCUUUCAUUGUGUUUAUUGCACCCACUGACCAGGGCAGUCAGACGGAAGCUCUGCAGCAGUUGCAAAGGGACUCAGAAGCCAUCUGCGGCCAGUACGCUCACUACUUUGACUUCUCACUGGUCAAUAAUGGCGUUGAUGAAACCCUUAAGAAAUUGCAAGAAGCCUUUGACCAGGCGUGCAGUUCUCCACAGUGGGUGCCUGUCUCCUGGGUUUACUAAGCUUGCAGAACAGGGUAGGGCAGACUACCAUAUGCCCUCCCCUGCGUUCGGAACUCCAUUCCCCUUUAAGACAAACAGGGAUACUUCAGCCACUUUUGUGUCAGCCUUCAGCUCUCUGCUACUAUCCUAAUUAAGCCAGUGGGUGUCAGUCUUACUCAAGUUCCUGAAGGUCUGGGCUCUGAUUUUCUUGAUAAAUGGGGUCUCAGUUUGAUUUCAAAAGGAUCUCUGUAAAUUGGGGCCAGAAGUGCUAUCCAAAUGCAGCUGCUAAUCAGAGAUGGUACACAUGUGAAGGAAAAACAAUGGACCCUGUCCCCUUAAAGCCCACACUCACUCACCUCCAGUUACACUGGGUAUUUUACUUGUCUUUACUUUGAAGCUUUUAACUGCAACUCUUUAAAAUGUGAGAACGAAACAUCUGUGCAAUAGGAUGAUGCCUGCUUUAGGGAAACUCUCAGAAGCAAUAAAAGUGUUGCUGUUAAAAUGCCA